GCUCUGUUCACAAAAGUUUGCUCCAAAUCAGUUCAGUCAGGUUUACCUGCUGCGCUCCGCUCCACCUGCCGCUUCACCUUGGAUUUACCUGCCGAUCAAAAAUGCGUCAAUAAUCCAGCUCGGUCGUAUCGUGACAAUAACAGACUCUCCAAUCAUGAGGAAGGGACCUUUGCAUUUUUUGGGUCGAAAGAACCAGUCUCUUUUCGACACCAAUGUCAAAAUGAAAGACAUGGGUGAGUAAACUAAUUUCACCUCAAACCUACUUGUAACAUUCGAGAGAAAAAAAAAAGUUUCAGGUUAACGUUGACUGAAGGAAAAUACGACCUUUGUAACCUUGGAUUGACUCGUACUUCAGCUCUGACACCUGUUAGCUCGAAGCUCCCUUAUUUAUCCUGUAUGAAAGUUUCUAGGUGGAUGACAAAGAGUGGUUGAUGGUAUUUUUAAUGACAUGUCCUGAUGGACAAGUAUCAACAGGUGCCUUCAGGGAAAUGCAAUUCAUCCAUGAAAGACCUGUUCUCUAAUGUUAAUGCCACUUCAUGGUAAAUCUGGAUGACUCUGCCUCAUCUGUCAGUGUUUGUUGUCUUGAUAUUGCUUCAGGGAUAUACAGUAAAGAAAGUAGACAGGCAAUUGUAGAAACUUAAAAGACAUAAUUAUAUGGGGUACAUGUAAACUAAUACUUUUAGCUGAUAUUUGCAGUUCAGACCUAACCAUGGUGCUUAUCUUAUUUUGUGUGAUUAGGAGUCAUCUUACAUCCAGAUAUAUGACAGAACUAUUUGAAGCGAUGACUGUGGUACCAACUGUUGUUAUUUCAGGCUUAAUAUUUUGACAAAAUAUAAUGACAAAACUGGUGAAAUUAGAUGUCCAGGUUCUUGUUUAAAUAUCUAAACAGUGUUUUACAAAUUUAAAUUAUGCAUGAACACUAAGUUGAUUUUAUGACAGCACUGACACUCUGACAUCUAAAAUCAUUAUAUCUACUUCAGACUAUGAGGUGUUUAAAAUUUUGAAAAGAAGCUAGGGAGGUGCAUAGUGAGAAAUUAACCUAUUGUUAUUCUUUCAUUCACUGUUAAGUUAAAGUUACAUAAACUGUAACCACUAGUUUGCUAAAGCCGUUGUGUAAGUGAAGGAAGAGAAAAUUUCAUUGUUUGCAGUACAACAUUAGGUUAUCACAAAUUUGUGAUAUUUUAUAUCUUUCGCAUGUUGAUAUCAGUUUACAGAUAAACUGUGGCGUUAAUGCCACAUUAGUUCCAUUUGAUCAGAGAAGAAAAUGAGAGUGAAAGCUAUGCAAAGCCCCGACGAGAGAGAGAGAGAGAGGUCAUUUGUUUAUUCAAAUGAAGCAGGUUCACGACAAGGAAACAAAUGAUUUGGACAGACUGGUUGAACACCCCAAUCCAUCUCUCUUAAACCAUGUGAAUCCCAUAGCUGCAUAUACCAUAUUAUAACAUAUAUUGUAUCAUGGGUGUUUGAUCUCAGUAGGUAAAAGAAAAAUAAAACACUUUGAUUUUCUUGUUUGUACUGUCAGUCAUUUUGGAUGGUCUUUGGUUGUUCUCCCUCAGCCUUGAUGAAAAGUGUGGCUGUAGACGUCUGUCAGAAAGUGCAGACUAAGUGCCUCUCAGUGACAAGUUUCUCUCAUCAGUCACUUAUUAGACAAACAAGACGAAAGCAGAGGAAUGUACGACUUUAAAAUAUCUCCUCACUAACCAACCGGUGACCUCUGAUAUAACCUAUGGGAUUAACAGAAUGGUUUUGCGGCUGUCCUGAUCUAUGAAUUUUCACACUCAAACAUUAAUUUUAAUGUUUGAGUGGGCUUUGUGGAAGUGGUCUUCAGACUCGCCUUUCCUAUAGGUCCAUGUUUAUAACAGCAUUUGAUUGAAACACAAAUGUGAAAUCAGGAAAAUCAGACCAGUUUCUACUCAAACGGAAUCAUGCGCUUUUAGCUGAAAUGUGAUGCUAGCUCCUUCUGAGGGUGAUGAACAAUAAGUCUACCAAACAGGUAUUUAACUUAAGUUAUGUAAUGUGAUUAUCUUCAAUUUCUACCAAAACCAAGCUUUCACCUGAACACAAUGGUGAAAUAUAAAUAAGGAUUAGUGUUCAUCCGCCCAACUCCUCAGUUGUCAACAACAGAACUACCUGUGAUAGCGACUGGGAUCACACUGUCGAUUAUUAGACUGAGUGGCAAAGAAAGAGGCCUCUUUGGUGUAUACAGUAUCUCAUUACCUCCACAAUGACCCAUGUGUAAUGUACUAAUCUGCACUUUGGGAAAUCACAAUGCACCACGGACCACAAUGCAGAUUUUAGGCGGUGAAAUGUGUACACAAUGCUUUAAAUUGUGCAGAAACGCGUUCUACAAACAAAGGGCCAACAGGGUAUUAAAACUUUCUGCUUUUUGUCCUCUCAGACAAUGUAGAGCUGGUGCUGGGGUCCGCAGCAAUACCCGAGUCAGGAACAGCCAGUGUGCGGGCCAGACCUACUGUCAAACAUCAUGCUGUGAGUAUCUCAGUAAAGCUUUAAAAGGUUUAAACACUGCAGACAUUUACAUUUAGAUUAAUCCCUGCUUUACAGAUCUUGGAGUUAAAUUAGAUGUGUGUCUCAACAGUCCACACCCUGUUGUUAGGCAUUACUUCAUCUUGAACUCUGUAUCUGCAGAACUGCUUAGGUGCUAAUUAACUGAUAAAGAACAGUGUUUGACUGGAGGAGGGUGUUUGAAUGUAGGUCAGCUCUUAUAGGUACGGUGCAAAGACAUUUACGACCCAUCUUUGUUGUAUAUUUCUAGUUAGGUAGUUAAGUAUUAACUGGUGCCAGUUAAGUUUGGAUAUAUUUUUAGUGUGUUUUGAAUAAAACACGCUUUCUAUUGUAACUAAAACAUACUCUUGUGAGAGUGAUAAUUAUGAAAAGAUGCUUUAACUCACUGUUUGAAGUUAUCACCUCUAAAACAAAGAUGGUAUCACCUUCUCAUUGCCAUACACAGCACACUCAAAGACAACAGCUGAAUUAACCUAUUUUUAAAAAUCAGAGGUGAACCAUGUGCCUCAUCAUAUUACACGAGUUAACGCCAUCAAGAGAAGUUUUCAUAAUCCAAUAGAUUUUAAAACUUUUAAAACAUUUUAAAAGGUGAAAUUCCUGCAGAUAAUUACAAGUUACUGUGUGGAGAUACAGUAAAUACAUCUGUGUUAGGGCAGCAAUUGGUGCUUUUCAAAUGGGCUAUACAACUCUGACACAAGUUUAUGCAGGGUAUGAUCAGUGAUUUCUAAACCUUUUGGCUUGUGCUCCACCUGCAAAGCAUGUUUAUCCUCCCGGAAAAACAUACAUACACUGUAACUCUCACCGUGAGUCAUCUGUAGCCUGAUUUGCUUUUGAUAAUCUCAGCACUUUAACUAGUAAUACUUAAACACUUUUACUGUUGUAGAAAUUUGAGUUUUACUUGUGAUGGUUUACACUGGCACUCUGUCUGUAUUGUUAGUGUAACAUUCCCAUAAGUAAUCCACCACCUUGCACGUAUCCCAGUAUAACACUAUACUACAAACAGCUGGUAUGGGAGUUUUCCUUAUGUAGUAAAUAGGGAGGACUAUGACUAGAGUUCUGGUCAGUAUGUCUAUCAGGCCUCCCAUUUUAUUGUCAUGGUACAGGUAUAAAUAAAGAGCUCAUCAGGGCUCUGGUUCACACACCUCAGUGUUUGGGAGUGUUCUGUGAAUGCGUCUGUGGCAUGUGCUAACUGUGGCACACCCAGCUGCACAUGGGGCAGGACAGCUCAGACGGCUGCGACAGAUGAAAGUGAGUCAUAAACCAGAGAACAAAUACGUGAAUCAAACUGGAUCUGACGCCAUUUUUACUGACACGCCCUCCCUCUGCGGUGAGGUGAACAUACCUUUCCAAGAAGCUACAUAAGAGUCUCAUUAUUUCUUGAAAAAUCAGCACAGUCACUCAAGGUGUGAUUUCAGGCUGGUGUCCCAAACAUUUGAAUCAAAACCUACCUGAAACUAAGAUGUGUGACUUUGUUUUGAUGCUGCCAGUGUGCAUAUGACACAUAUUGAAAAGCAGUGGCAAUGAACACCUCUUCAUUGCCACCCUAAUUAUUUCCCAUAAAAACCUACUGCACAGUAACUUCACAGAGAACAUUAAAAUGUGUUUGUGUUGCUGAUUUUUUAGCUCUUUGAGGAGUACAUACCUUGUAACCUCUCACUUAUGGACGUCUAUUGUGUCAACACAGUCUGUGUUUAUUUUUGUUGGCGUUUAUGCCAUGAAGGGAGCUCUCUCUCUCUCUCUCUUUUCUUACACAUACACACAAAAUCAAACACACAUACAAACAAACACACUGUACCUGCGUAACAGCUUGUGAUUUUCUCAACCAGUCCCACUCGCCACUAGUAACAAUACAAUGAAUAAUAGGUGUAUCCUCUGAUUCACUAAGAAUGCUCAUAAGCCAAGAAUGCUGUAAUGUCAUACCCAAACACAAUGUUUUAGGAAAAUCCAACCAACCCAACAACAGACUAAGACUAAAUAAACUCUAUGGUAAGGACAUAAGCUUGUUUCUUUUAUUUUGUUAUGAAAUUGUAGGUCAACAGGUGCACAAGUUGGUGGUUUGCCAAGUGAAUAUUUACCCAUAUAAAAACAUUUUAUGACACCUUCAGGACAGGUAGUUUGGUCCAUCGGAUGUUUUUGAAAUAAUCUUGAAUCAGAUGGUUUCUUUUGGUGAACAUGUUUGUAAAAGACGGCCUGAUUUUUUUUUUUUAACAGUCCACAAAUGACAGUUUCCAAGGGUUUGCUGUCCCAACACCCAAAGUCCCCCUCCUGCCCCCAACCAAUGGUCCAAAGAUCAACGGUUCAGGUAAGCUUCAACCUACCUCAAAUAUGUACUUAAGCGUGGCAAAUUCCAUUAUUUGAACCUUAAAGGACCAAGACUAUUGGUGCCUUCAGCCAGACCCACUUGAUGGAUUACAGCAAUCUGUCACCAUAAAGGGCUGAAAAAUCGGGGCAGGUAAAUGUUUGUCUAGCAGUUGCUCAAUAACCUCCAUAAUCCCUCCAAAGAGCUAUACCAAAUGACAGAACUAUUUGCAGAAUGGGAGUGUUUGUAUUAAUAGAAAAUGUAGAUAUCUCACAUUUUCUUAAUCCACAAAUCAGUCUUUGAACUCUUGAAUCCAUUUGAGCAUAACAACUGGUGACGUAAUAUCCAAGAACCAAGACUUAAGAAAUCAAUCAGGUUUACACUGAUUAAAAAAAAGUUUAAAUAAAACAGUUCUUACUUAGAUGUUUGUACCUCCAUUGUAACAAACGUAGAAACAACUAACUGUCACAAAUUUGGAAAUGUAGGGGUACACCUGUACUGAACUUUACCGUUAUUCUGUGUUCUCUCUUUUUUUCCACAGUCGGUUGGAGUCAUUUGUCCAAUGGAUCUGUUCCAUCUGUGCUUGACCUUCCUGAGGAGGAUCUAUUUGUUCCCCCUCCACCAACUUCCGCACCUCCACCCCCACCAGGGACUUUGAAUCCUCUUCAAGGGAUGAUUAUCCCUCCGCCAGACUUCAUGGGUGAUCUAAGCACUCUAGACCUGUCCACCCUUCAGCCUCCAUCCAUGCCAGCUCCAAACCCCCCUUCACUGGCACCCUUAAUGCAGGAAGAAGAUUUAAACCUCUUAAAACCACCACCAAUGGCUCCACCAAAGCCUCCUUCCACUUGCUCCAGUGGCUCUGUAUCAUCCAUGCCCAUUUCCAGACCACCAUCUUCCUUGGUGCCUGACUAUCCAAGAUUUGCCCCACCACAGCCUCCAAUGCAACACAAGAAUGUUAAGACACCUCCUCCCAAACCUGUUAGACUGUCUUCAAUCUCUAACCUUGAUUCCCCCCCACAAACUCCUGUCCCAACUCCCCCCGUGCAUACCCCAACAUUGUCCACUUUCAAUCCCCAGCACAAAGCAAAGCUUUACAAUGUACCCACAACCUCAAAUCUCAAAACCUAUGAGGAACCUGACCCAAGGCCCAAGCAGAAAUUACUCCUUGAAGAUUCUUCGUCCGUCAAAAGUGCUCAAGGGAUCCUUGAGGUUGAUGGUAAUGUCCCUAAAGUGGCAAUACCAUCCAAGCCAGAUCCUAAAGAUAUACAGGAACUGAAGGAUAGCCUACAAAUCACUCAAACGCCCCUGCCUGAACCGAGCCAGGAAGCUAGAAAAGCAGUCGUUUCUACACCACCACUCAAUAAACCUCUCCGGCAUACUCGUCAGAUUUCACCGUCACUCCCAGCAUUAAACAGUACCUCUGUAAAUCUAGACAAACCCGGAGUAUCUCCAAGCCCAAGUCACACAUUCAGUCCUUUGCUGGAUCGUAAACUACGCAAUCUAAAGAGCAGUGAAACCAGUGGGACAAAAGAUGGACCUGCAGCCUCCCCCCUUGCUCUCUUAAUGGCAGCUAAAAAGAGAGACAAGGACAGAUCAACCCAUUCUCUGUCCCGAGAAAACAGUGGCAAGAAAGAUGAGCAGCCUAGUGCAAACAUACACCCAAGCGACUCGGGUCCCAGUUCCUUCAUUAGCACACCAAGGUCUAGUUCACCCUCCUCCAUUGCAUCCCAUGAAAGAGUUCAGGAAAGUCCAAAGCCUGUUGGUCCCGGGAAUCAUAUCUUUCAUACUCCAGAAAAAUUAACCAGCGCUGCACUGAUAAAAGGUCCGAAGUCAUUAAACAAUCCAGGUCUUAGUGGAAGAGCAGGAUCCCCAAGUUUGACCAACCUGAUUGCACAGAAAGAAAAUUCAGAAAAAAGCUCCUCAAAGUCUCCAACUUCCCACCACAAGGUGAAUAAAGUAGACUUAAGUGUGCCAGUACUCCCUCCCCCACCAGAGUUCGAUGAUUUUGAUGAUAUUGUGGGUCCCCCUCCUUCCAUCACUCCACCUGACCCUCCCAGGAAAACCGCACCAGCACCGACUUUCAUCCCUCCUCCCCCUCCUCCCCCGGCUCUAACUCCAGCACCAUCUCCUCCUCCUCUUCCAAAACUCAAACCCCCACAAGCUCCCAAACUCCCGCCUUUUGACACAGAUGUCAAACCAAAGCUACAAGCCCAGACCAAACCCAAGGUGGGCCCUAAUCAUAUCCCAUCCAAUCUUUCCCCCAGUCAGGUCACGCUCUUGAGUAUCCUACAGAAAAAGAUGGCGGAAAUGGAUCACAAAAUGACCCCCAUGAGGGACAGCGAGUCCAACUUUGAUGAAUGGGGCUCUCCUUUGUCUGAUGAGGACAACACGGUUCUCAUCGUCCCAAAAGUAACACCACAGAGCAAGAGUAAAUCUGUGAUGAACAAAACAGAGGGCCUGGACAUGCGUGAGCUGGAGGGCAAAGUGGUGCGAAAAAAUAACACUAUCUCUCCAGUGAAAAGUCCCACAAGGUAAGAUUUCCAGUGCUCAAUAUUCAACUUUUCUUUUAUUGACAGUGAGUGAAGCGUUUUGAAGUAUUAUCCACUCAUCAUCGUGAUUUUUUUCUUUUCAGCAAUGGCGUGCACUCUAAACACCAGUAUGGAAUGACCUUUACAGUCCGGCCUGGAACCAAAAAUCCAAUUACUCCCUACGUUAGAGGAGAAUCUUAACGGAGUGUGUUCAGGAGAUGGCUGUUUUCUGUUUGGUCUAUGCUAUGUGUAAUUGGAUAUUGUAAUUUAGUAGCAGGAUGAAUUGAACAAAGGGCAAGAAGCACUUCGAACAAAUGAGUUAUGCUGAUUUGGUUGGUAAAAUGUUACAGAUGUCUCAGAACAAUGUUUGUCUCUAAAUUAUGUAGCCUCCUCUGAAUGUAUUUAUAAAUCUUUUGAGAUCCUACUCAUCACUGUCAAGUUUUCUUUUUUCGUAUUUUAAGUUAACCAGUUCAAAAGAUUUCUAUUGCUGCUCAUGUUUAUUCAGCGAAGAUGUGCCUGAUCAACCAAACUUUGUAAUCAGUGCUACAGGGUAAUAUUCAUAGAAUCUAUUGAUUAAUAAACUUUAUGGUUAUUCAUAGCUAGAAAUGUAUUUUGAUUAAAACCCUAUCUGCACUAUUGAUAACAUGUAAGAUGUUAAAUUGGUCAGCAUAUCUCUAAUGUUGAUGAUAUCAAAGUUCUGAUGUUUGAUUUUUCGUGGUUCAUGGUGUAAUCACAUCCUGUAACUGAACUGUUACGUGUUUAUUAUGUGGGUCCACUGGAUCAGAGCAAACCAGAGAGACAUUGUUUCUCGGCUCAGUGGGAUUGUUCCUCAUAUUUAUUGAUCUUGAUUGACCAUCUGUAUAUUACUUCAUAUUCAUAUUCAGUAAACAUGUAAGUCAUUGAAACUAUACUUUUUGCUUUCUGUAUUUAUGUUUGUAAGAGCUUAAAAUGGAAUUGACAUAUUGUAAAAUCUAGUUUUAUGUACAUGUUAAAAGUUUGCACAUUCACAAUAUUUUAAAUAUUGGCAACAGAGUCUAUAAAGAAAGCAUAUUUUGAUGCCAAGUGUUGUCAAACAACUCUCUGUGUGGAAAAUAAAACCAAGAAUUAAUUGCA